AUGGCCACAGUACUACCGCCGCCGUCGAAGCGACAAAGGAGAGAAGAGAUCGAGCGCACCCAAACGCAACAAGAUGUCGCGCCACUAUUGGCUACCGACCUCGGGUCCUUCAAGGCCAACUUCGUCGACAGCGAUGGCAAUCAGAUGGCCGACGUGAUCGAGAUCAACUUCGCCGAUGCCACAGAGAAGAAUGUGUCGACGCUGUUGAACACACUGUUAGGGAGGGACCGAGAAGAUUUCACCCCCUAUCGCUUCCGCAUCCACAUCCCUGGCAAAGAUGUUAUCAUAGACCAAUAUCCCAGCGACCUGCUUGGCCUGCUGCAAAAACAUGGCGUUAAUAAUCCCUUCGAGACCACAAUCACCCUUAGUGCAGAGCCGCAGGCCGUCUUUAAGGUCCACGCCGUCUCGCGUCUAGCCCAUCGCAUUCCCGGCCACGGGCAACCAAUCUUGUCUUCGCAGUUCUCGCCGGUAUCGUCGAGCCGUCUGGCGACCGGAAGCGGCGACAACACGGCCCGCAUCUGGGACACAGACUCCGGCACUCCGAAGCACACUCUAAAGGGGCACACGGGGUGGGUGCUGGGGGUGAGCUGGAGGCCGGACGGCGAACAGCUAGCUACCUGCUCCAUGGACAAGACAGUCCGUAUAUGGGAUCCGGAAACGGGAAAGCCUUUCGGGCAGGAGCUCAAGGGCCACGCCAAAUGGGUGCUGGCCGUGGCAUGGGAGCCAUACCACCUUUGGCGAGACGGGACCGCCAGGCUGGCAAGCGCGAGCAAAGACGGGACCUGCCGAAUAUGGGUCGUAAACCCCGGACGCACUGAGCAUGUCCUCAGCGGCCACAAGGGCUCUGUUAGCUGUGUGAGGUGGGGCGGAACCGGCAUGAUCUACACAGGGUCUCACGACAAGUCUGUUCGAGUCUGGGACGCGGUGAAGGGGACCUUGGUGCACAACUUUACCGCCCACGGGCACUGGAUCAACCACAUCGCGCUGUCGAGUGAUCACGCCCUCCGGACCGCCUACUUUGACCAUACCGGCGACGUGCCCGAGACCGAAGAGGCCAAGAGGGCAAAGGCGAAGGAGAGGUUCGAGAAGGCUGCCAAGAUCCAGGGAAAGGUAGCCGAGCGGCUGGUCUCAGCGAGUGAUGACUUUACCAUGUAUCUGUGGGACCCCACCAAUAAUGGCAACAAGCCUGUAGCAAGGUUGCUUGGCCAUCAAAACAAGGUGAACCAGGUGCAGUUCUCGCCGGACGGGACCAUGAUUGCCAGUGCCGGUUGGGAUAACCACACGAAACUAUGGAAUGCCAGGGAUGGCAAGUUCCUGAAGAGCUUGAGGGGUCAUGUCGCACCGGUCUAUCAAUGUGCGUGGUCUGCCGAUAGCAGGCUCCUCGUUACGGGCAGCAAGGACUGCACUCUCAAAGUGUGGAACGCUCGGAACGGCAAUCUCGCGAUGGACCUUCCGGGUCAUGAAGACGAGGUCUACGCAGUCGACUGGGCGGCCGACGGGAAGAUGGUCGGCUCGGGUGGGAAGGACAAGGCCGUGAGGACGUGGAGGAACUGA